GUUUCGUCACAGCGACCGCGAGACCUUUAUAUGUAUCUAGGGCCUGGGAAGUCGGGGCAUACUGGCAGUAGCGCUGCAGUUCAGUUCUGCCUGGACCAUGCGAGAUCGCACUUUACAACUUCGCCUAUGGCGGCGCAGUGAUGAGACCAUCGUCGCACAGUCCUCCUCUUCAACACAAAGCUUCCGCGACCAGGUCAACAACUUCCUGUCCGGCUACGCGAACAACAGCGCAACCCCCUGGACGGCGGACGACUCGCUCUUCACGGUCUUCUUCGGGAUCAACGACAUCGGCAAGUCCUAUUAUUGGACCAACGAAACCCAACACAGAACGAAUGCGCGCGUCCAAGCCUCCUACUUCGAGCGCCUCGCCCUCCUGCGCUCCGCCGGUGCACGCAACUUCCUGCUCCUCCAGGUCCCCGACAUCGGCCGCACGCCGAACCUCCUCAACCAAUCCGCACACACCCUGCCAUACCAGCCGAACAACGCGACGCUGCAGUCGCUCGCCGCGCUCGACUACAACGCACAACUCGCGGCGAACGUCGAGGUCUUCAAGCGCAACUCGAGCACGCUCGGGAUCGCGGUGGACGUCAACAUCCAUCCGACGCACCAGCUCUUUGAUUUUGCGCUGGAUAAUGCGGAGGUGCUGGGGUUCACGAACGUCACAGCGGGGUGGUGGACGGGGUUGGCGGACCAGGAUCAGUACUCCGCGGCUACGUACUUCUGGUGGAACAACUUUCAUCCAACUUGGGGAGUUCACGACAUCCUGGCACAUAGCGUCUCUACGUUCCUGUCGAAAUGGUCUGGGUUGACCUAGAUACUUGGGGUUUACAGAUUGAUGAAGUGCACGACUGUGUUUCGCAAAUCAGACUGGAUGGCACCUGGCACAAAUUUCGAAAGCACUCACCUAGGUGAAUCCAACAAUAAUCUCGGCCUGAGGCGCGAACCUGUGUGUAUCUGCACUUCAAAACCUUCAGUAGUCUGGU